UUACCUAGCCCAGUGCAUCGACUCAGUCUUGUGGUGGUCUUGUGGUUGAAUCACAGUUGAUCUUAGUUCUGUCCCUGACACUGAUAUGGACUUCCUGUGGGACUGUGGACACCUCACUUAAUCCUUCUGUGCUUCACGUUCCUCAUCGUAAAAUAGGGAUAAAAAUCUCUCCCUUGGGUAUGUCUGUUAAUGUUCUUAACAGCAGUUUGAGCCCCUCAGAUGGAAGGUUUAUGAGAGUGCUAUAGAUGGAGGGUGCUAUAGAAAUAAAAACAGUCUUAUCUAGAGAUCCCUAGAUCUCAAAGCACUCUACAUAGGUCAAUAUUGCUAUCCCCAUUUUAUAGAUGGAGAAACUGAGGCACAGAAAGACGUGACUGGCCUAAGAUCACCCAGCAGACUAGCAGAGCCAGGUUAUAGAAUGUAGGUCUACUGAAUCCCAGUCCAAUGCACUAUCCACUAGGCUACACUGCCCGGUUCAGUGUUAUCACUGCUGCACAGACAUUCCUGUUACUUGCUUUCAGAUAGUGUCUUCUAAGCAGAGACCAUUCUCUCCAGCUCUCUUCCCACCCUUCUGCUGAGCAUGUGUUUAUGAAACCUGUCACCACUGCACCCUGCAACAGUUGGAAAAUGUCCUCUCACAAGUCUUGGUCCCUUUUUACAGAGGGGCGCAGGGCCUGAGAUUCUUGGAUUCUAGUCGAUCAAUCUUCUUUUUUAGCACAUUCAAAGCAGAGAGAGCAGCCAAACUGUGUCAUCGCCCCAGGCAGGGGGCUUCUUAGUUGGAAUGUUUUUGGCCGAGUUUUGGUGUUCUGACUCAGCAGACCAUUCAGCUCUGAUGUUGCAACAGCCAAAAAAUAAAGGGCACAGCGAAGCCUCCCUUUAUUCCCUAAUCCUAUUUGCUUUUCUAGAAACAAUCCCUAGCCCUGGAAUCACUGACUCAAUUCUUGGAUCCCAUUCUCAUGACAAAGCGAAUGUCUGGUACAAAAGGAGCCUUAUAAAAAGAGGCCCCCAGAUUCUGGGUCUUUGCAGUUGCUUCUGGAAUUCUGCAGCAGUUGGGGUGUAGUGCCUAGAACGGAAAAUGUCCAAAACAGGAAUCAGGAUCACUUUCUACGAAGACAAGCAUUUCCAGGGCCGUCGCUAUGAGUGUGACAGUGACUGCCCUGAUUUUCACACCUACCUAAGCCGCUGCAACUCCAUCCGAGUGGAGGGGGGUGCCUGGGUUGUCUAUGAGCGGCCUAACUUUGCAGGGAACAUGUAUGUUCUGACCCAUGGCGAGUACCCUGAGUACCAGCGCUGGAUGGGCCUUAAUGACCGCCUCAGCUCAUGCAAAGCCAUUCACUUAUCCAGUGGAAGCCAGCACCGCAUUCAGAUCUUUGAGAAGGGGGACUUUGGUGGCCAGAUGUACGAAUCUACAGAGGACUGCCCUUCAGUCAUGGACGAGUUCCACAUCCGGGAAAUCCAUGCCUGCAAAGUGCUGGAGGGGGCCUGGGUAUUCUAUGAGCACCCCAACUUCCGGGGCAGGCAGUACCUCUUGGAGAAGGGGGAGUACCGCAAGCCUGUUGACUGGGGGGCUGUGUCCCCCACUGUCCAGUCCUUCCGCUGCAUUGCAGAGUGAGGGGUGGGGCAGCUCCCCCUUUGCUAGGGAAACUGUGUGGAGUCUGUGAAUAAAGCAAGUGGCUGAUGCA